GAUUAUUUAUUACAACAGUUGUUUUUGCCAUUACGCUGUUUCAGUGUGUUCAUAGGGAAGUAAGAUGUAAGGUAAAAUUGUCCAGAAAAGUUCAUCGUAGUGUUGAUGUCACUGACCAACAUAAAUAACCACAAAACUAAAAGCAAAACUAUAAACUAUAGAUAUGUAAAACUAAACUACACACAAGCUUAUUUUUAUUUUUUAUUUUUUUUACAAUCAGCACUUGUCUCAAGUUACAUUUUUACUACACAGUCUUGCAUAAUAGUAACAUAGUUAAACUUUUACUGAGGUUUAGACCAGUUUGUCUGGCAUAGGAAAACACAAGAAUUGAAAAAUUAAUAGUUACAUGUUUGUAGAUCCUUAGAGUUUGUUUACAUUUUUACAUUGCUCACUAAUGAUGCUCAGUGCUACAGAUAAAUACAUGAUAUCCAAGUUGUGCCCCCCAUAGUAAGAAUAUUACUAGUGCAUUUUCAAUAAAUGUGUGAUUUAUUUAUAUCUGACUUACACAAGCAUUAUAAUACAUUCUCUACAAAUCUGACUGCAUCCAGUUAAAUUAGUAUCUUUAUUUCUCUCUAUAAUACAUAAACAGACAGGUGGUCAUGGUUGGCCAAAGUGAGCACACCCACUCAAGCAGGGGAUUCUGUGUAAGACACAUUCCUUCUAAGGAGUCAUUGUACAGGACUUUGUCUCCAUAUGAUCAGUCUCAGAGCCAACAGCAUGUGAGUACCUUAAGGUUUCAUAUAUAUUAUGUGGACAUUACUUUUUUCUUUAUUUACCUUCAUUGUUAAAUACUGUAUUUACUUUUACAUUUUCAUUAUUAAAUAGGGGUAUGUUAUAAAUGCAUUUGUUAAAUAUUGCACUCCAGUUGUUAUGAUUAAUAUACUGUAAUUAUAUGAAUUCUGAAUUAUCCAAUAGACCCCAUAAUGCAUGGGUUACAUUUUGCAUAUUUCAUUCAUAUAAUUUAAUUUUAGUACUGUAUAUUUCAACUACAAAAUAACUGAUCUCUGUCAAUUACUUGUAACUGUACUGUUAUUGGAUAAAAUUACUAUUUUGGUCUAUUUUAGACUCUUGCAAACCCCACUAAAGAUUUGUGCUUUGAAACCUGCUUCAAAUAAACACAAUCUUCCUGACUUUGUUCUUAAAAUACUUUGGCACUGCUUCAAAGUGUUAGUUAGACAAUGCCCAGCUCGCUACAGAUGUUAUUGAGUAACUCUUCUUUAGCAAGACGAUUCUUAUCCAGAGUAAAAGGACACCGAUUGCAGGGUCAGUCCCCCUGGAGCUAUCUGGGAUUAAAUCAAGGACACAGUGGUGAAUCCUUGUAUUAUAAUUGCGUCAGAAGGACUUGACUACACCAUUUCAUGAAUUGAUGAAUAUAUCCAGGUCACAAAAUCCCUGAUUUAAAUCAGCACGGCCAUGUCCAUCCUCACCCAUGUUUUGGCUGGCCUGUUUGGCAUGGGCUCUUGGGUCACUAUCUGUGGACUUUGGGUGGAGCUGCCUCUGAUGGUUCCACAGAUACCUGAGGGCUGGUAUCUACCAUCCUACCUCUCUGUGAUCAUCCAAAUGGCCAACAUCAGUCCUCUGUUUGUCACAUUAAUGCAUCGCUUCCGCCCAGGAACACUCAAAGAAACUACUGUCAUCUAUUUCAUUGUGAGUUUCGGGAUACUGGCCAGCUUCUUCCUGGCUUUUUUCUGGAGUGAGAGGGUUGUGGUACAAGGUGUGGAGCGUAGCGUUCCUCUCCUGCUUUUGACCUUCUUGAUCUCCAUUGUGGACUGCACCUCAUCUGUGACGUUCCUUCCCUUCAUGAUGCAGCUCAAGGCGGAGUAUCUCACCUCGUAUUACAUAGGAGAAGGUCUGAGUGGUCUUGUCCCUGCUUUGGUGGCAAUGGUUCAGGGUGUAGGUGUCAUGGAUUGUGUCAAUGCAUCUCAAAUCCUCAGAGCCAAUGAAACACUUGGAGUUCAGUAUCUUAAUGGGUCUGAAAGAGGCACCAACAACCUUGUGCCUUUCUACCACCCUGCCAUCUUUUCAGUUGAAGCCUACUUUUUCUUCCUGACAGCCAUGAUGGUAGUUUGUUUGGUGGCUUUCUUACUUUUAAACUACCUUCCAGCUGUGACUCGAGAGCGCCCCAAUAGCCUGAACACCAAAGGCACUAAUAGAAAUGCAGAAUCCAAAAAGAGAUUUGAACUAAAACCAAUGAUUUCUUCUCAAAAGGGUCUUCAGAAGGCCAAGAGCAAAUUUGGAUCAGGGACGUACACCUGGCUACAGGUGGUGUACAUUUACAUAAUCCUUGCCUGGGUGAACGCUCUGACCAAUACUGUUUUGCCAUCAGUGCAGUCAUACUCAAGUCUACCAUAUGGAAACCAGGCCUAUCAUUGGUCUGCCACUAUGGCCAGUGUUGCUAAUCCUGUGGCUUGCUUUAUCACCAUGUUUUACCCAUACAGGUCUUUGGUGUUGAUGGGACUUCUCACAUCUUUUGGCACUGUUAUUGGAGCUUACCUUAUGGGCAUGGCAGUGCUGAGUCCGUAUCCUCUGCUAGUUAAUGAGACCUCUGGAGCAGUCCUUAUUGUGUUUGCAUGGUUCUUUUUCAUCUUCACACUAUCCCCGGUAAAGGUGAUCAUUGCUGUCAUCUUACGUGAUGAAGGUCACAGUGCCCUCGUGUGGUGUGGAGCAGUAGUGCAGUUGGGCUCAAUGUUGGGGGCAGGAACUAUGUUCCCCUUGGUCAAUGUGUAUGGCUUUUUCUCUUCAGGGGACACAUGUAACAGAAAUGGCCUAUGAGAUAUGGGUGCUAGAAGUAAUAUUACCCAAUAAUAUUACCCUUUAGACUCUAGCGGUAAUAUUUAAGGAAUAUCCCAGGUUCAAUACAAGUUAAGCUCAAUCAACAGUAUUUGUGGCAUAAUCUUGAUUACCACAAAAAACAUUAUUUAGACUGGGUUACAGUGAGAGACUUUCUAUGGAAGUAAAUGGGGCCAAUCCAUAAACAUUAAUAUACUUAUGGUUUCAGAUGUAUUGCAACAAGAUGUAAUUUUAGUGUGAUAAAAUUGCUUACUGACCUAUUCUGUGUAAAGUUAUAUCCAAUUUUACAACUUCAUUGCCAUGAUGAUGUAACGUCAUAAACCCUAAAACUACUGUAAAAACUAUGAUUUAACUUUACAGCUAAAAAAAUACACAAGUUUUAACUGAAAAAUUUAUGCAAAUGCUUUUAUAAAAUUAUAAGUUUCACAUUUCUGCCUUUAAACCCUCCAAAAAUUGGCCCAAUUCACUUCCAUUGUAAGUGCCUCACUGUAACCUAAUUUUUCCUUUUUUAAAGAAAAGAAGGGACGAGUUGAAAUUAUUUUAAUCAACAUUGUGCUCUUGUGCCUAUAAAUUAACCUUUAAAUUAAGUUUUUUUUAUUAUGAAAUGAAGAUGUCACUUUGAAUUGUGGAGCUUAUGUAACAUAUCUGGGUGUUGUUAUUAUUAUUUUGUCAAAUUAUAAUCUUCAAUUAAAAUUUUCCCUCAGUCA